GGUGAGUCGACAACUUGGAAGGAGCGUCAAACUUAGCUCCGGUCCUCACAAGUUCCUAUCUCACGCCUCCACGAGUCAUAUGAUACAAUAGACUACCAGUUAAAACAUGGACACAACUGGUUGGCGUUGCCUGGGCAAUGUUGUCAUCCGACAAUAGCUAAGUGAGAAGGUGCGACGCGAUCGUUGGCGCAGUAACCAUAUCUCGGCGGUAGAGGAAAUGCUUCGCCAACCCGAGCGUCUGUCCACCAAGAUGGUGCGGCUCAAAACAGCGUCUGAUCUCCAUGUUAGGAGCGGCUGAUCAACGUCCUGGUGUCAGCGUGGGACUCUAAUCAGAGCUGACACGAUGGCCCUCCGGCGAGACAGGGGGUUGGGGAAGGCCCAACAAGCCGCCCCGAAAAACACCAAAUGCUGCAAAUAUCGAAGAAGUUAAUACGGAUCGGAACAAUAGGCACAGACCUAGGCGACGAAAUAAGGACUCCGAUUGGAAACUCGGUACAUGGAACUGCAGAUCGUUAGGCUUUCACGGCUGCGACAGGAUCAUAUAUGAUGAAAUUAAUCCACGCAACUUCGAAAUCGUAGCACUGCAGGAACUUUGCUGGUCGGGUCAGAAGGUAUGGAAAAGCGGACAUCGAGAGGCUACCUUUUAUCAGAGCUGUGGCACUACCAACGAGCUUGAAACGGGCUUUAUAGUGCUGGGUAGGAUGCGCCAACGCGUGAUCGGGUGGCAGCCGAUCAGUGCGAGGAUGUGUAAGUUGAGAAUUAAGGGCCGGUUCUUCAACUAAAGCAUCAUCAACGUGCACUGCCCACACGAAGGAAGAGCCGACGAUGAGAAAGAAGCGUUUUAUGCGCAGCUGAAGCAGGUGUAUGAAAGCUGUCCGCAACGGGACGUUAAGAUCGUCAUCGGUGAUAUGAACGCUCAGAUAGGACGGGAGGCAAUGUACAGACCGGUGAUAGGGCCGAAUAGCCUGCACGCCGCAUCAAAUGAUAACGGCCAACGAUGUGUGAACUUUGCCUCCCGUGGUAUGGUAGUUCGAAGUACCUUCUUCCCCCGUAAAGACAUCCACAAAGCCACCUGGAGAUCACCUGACUUACAAGUGGAGAACCAAAUCGACCACGUUCUAAUCGAUGGUAAAUUCUUCUCUGACGUCAUCAACGUUCGCACCUACCGCAGUGCGAAUAUUGAUUCGGACCAUUACCUUGUUGCAGUAUGCAUGCGCUCAAAACUUUCGACGGUGCGAAACACGCGUCAAAGUCGCCCAUCGCGACCAAACAUCGGGUAACUACGAGACGCCGCGGUUGCACGGGAGUACGCGCAGCAGCUGGAAGCAGCAUUACCAACGGAAGAGCAGCUUGGCGCAGCUACUCUUUAAAAUGGCUGGAGGGACAUUCGAUCAGCCAUAGGUAGUACUGCUGUAGCGGCGCUUGGUACUAUGGCUCCGAACAGCAGAAACGACUGGUUUGACGACGAGUGCAAACAGUUAGUGGAAGAGAAGAAUGCAGCACGAGCGAGAAUGCUGCAACACCAAACGAGGGCGAACGUGGAGCGCUACCGACGCGCACGGAACAGGCAAAACUCGGUCUUACGGAAGAAGAAACACCAGGGGGAAGAUCGAGAUCGCAAGGCGAUGGAGGCACUGUACCGUGCGAAUGACACACGAAAGUUCUACGAGAAGCUGAACUGUUCAAGCAAAGGCUUUGUGCCACAAGCCGACAUGUGCAGGGACCUGGGCGGCAACCUUCUAACGAACAAGUGUGAGGUGAUUGACAGGUGGAAGCAGUACUACGAUGAGCACCUUAAUGGCGAUGUAGAAGAGGACGACGACGGAGUGGUAGUAGAUCUCGGUGUACGCGCAGAUGACGACAAAAUCCCAGCCCCUGACCUCCAGGAGGUUAGAGAGGAGAUCGACCGGCUGAAAAACAAUAAAGCCACUGGAGCUGACCAACUCCCCAGCGAGCUGUUAAAACACGGUGGUGAAUCACUGGCUAAGGCGCUACACUGGGAUAUUGCCAAGAUUUGGGAGGAGGAGGUAGUACCGGAGGAGUGGAUGGAGGGUACAGUGUGCCCCAUCUACAAAAAAGGCGACAAGUUGGAUUGCUGCAACUACCGCGCAAUCACGUUGCUGAACGCCGCCUACAAGGUACUCUCUCAAAUUCUUUGCCGUCGACUAUCACCGUUUGCAAGGGAAUUCGUGGGGCAAUACCAAGCGGGAUUUAUGGGUGCCCGCGCCACCACGGACCAAAUAUUCGCGGUACGGCAGGUCCUACAGAAGUGCCGUGAGUAUAACGUGCCCACACAUCACUUGUUUAUCGAUUUUAAAUCGGCAUACGACACAAUCGUUCGAGACCAGCUAUGCACGAUUACGGCUUUCCGGAUAAACUGACACGGUUGGUCAAGUCGACGAUGGAUCGGGUGAUGUGCGUAGUUCGAGUUUCGGGGACACUCUCGAGUCCCUUCGAAUCUCGAAGAGGGUUACGGCAAGGUGAUGGAUUAUCGUGCUUGCUAUUCAACAUCGCUUUGGAAGGUGUGAUACGUAGGGCUGGUAUCGACACGAGUGGCACGAUUUUUAGAAAGUCUGUUCAGCUCUUUGGCUUCGCCGAUGACAUUGAUAUUGUAGCACGAACCCUUGAAAUGAUGACGGAGACGUUUAUACCGACUGAAGGCUGAAGCCGGACGAAUUGGACUGGCCAUAAACGCAUCGAAGACCAAGUACAUGAGAGGAAGAAGUUCCAGAGAAGACAGUGUCAACCUCCUGCCACGAAUUCAUAUUAGCGGUGAUGAAAUCGAGGUGGUAGACGAGUUCGUGUACCUGGGCUCACUGGUGACUGCUGACAACGACACCAGCAGAGAAAUUCGUCGACGCCUUAUGGCAGGAAAUCGUGCCUACUUUGGACUCCGGGGACACUCCGCUUGAAUAAAAUCCGCCGCCGCACGAAGUUAACCAUCUACAAAACACUGAUCAGACCGGUAGUCCUCUACGGCCACGAAACCUGGACUAUGCUCGUGGAGGACCAACGCGCCCUUGGGGUUUUCGAACGAAAGGUGUUGCGUACCAUCUGUGAUGGAGUGCAGAUGGAAGAUGGAUCAUGGCGGAGGCGGAUGAACCACGAGUUGCAUCAGCUGCUGGGAGAACCACUCAUCGUUCAAACGGCGAAAAUCGGGAGACUACGGUGGGUUGGGCAUGUCGUUAGGAUGUCGGACGACAACCCGGGGAAAAUGGUUCUUGAUAACAACCCGACUGGAACAAGGCGACGGGGCGCGCAGCGAGCAAGGUGGCUCGAUCAAGUGGAAGACGACCUGCGGGGCCUCCGCAGACGACAUGGCUGGCGAGCUGCAGCCAUGGACCGAGUUGAAUGGAGACGACUUCUUCGAACAGCAAGGGACACUUCGGCCUUGAGCUGACUGGUAAGAUCCUCCUGAAGCACUUAUUCCCGUUGACGUUUUGCAUCCUCCAAUCCUGACACAGCUGCAUUGUAUGGCUCCCAUACGCUUCAGUGAACCCCCUGACGAUCAACUCCUUGAUUUCGCCCGCAUCAACUUUGAAGGCCUUAGAGAAGCCCUUUUGUCUGUCGAUUGGUCACCAGUCUACAAUGCUUCCGACGUAAACGAGGCGGUGCAAUUCUUUAACGCAACGCUCACGCAGCUUUUUCCAAGAUUCGUACCAGUUCGUCGCCCUAGAAUGUCACCUCCGUGGACCAAUAGACGUCUUCGUUAUUUGAAACAACAACGCUCUAGAACUUUGAGGCUCUACUCAAACAACCGAAACUCCGCCACCAAACAGAGAUUCAUUAAAGCGAGCACCAAAUAUUAAUUUUACAACAGAGCUCUCUACGGACGGUACGUAAUGCGAAUGCAAAAAACCUUAAAAACUCAGCCAAAACGGUUUUGGGCUUUCGUUAAUGAGAAGCGGAAGGAACAUGGUCUGCCUUCAAGCAUGUUUUUGG